AUGAAGCAGAUAUUACCUCGUCUACAUGCACUUGAAGACAUCACGGUGAAGGCUACAACUUCAGUUACAGGCACGAUCGAUGCCGCUACCUCGACAAGUUUUCCAGCUCAGAAAAAGCGCAAGACCGAAGCCUUCUCUUCUGCGCCCGUUGUACUAACCGAUCAAGUUUUACAGUCUCCUGUACUAACGUCAAGUAUUCCCAAUACAUCUGAGAAUGUCUCAAAGAUCGAGUCAAGCAUUAUCAAGCGCGUGGCAUUGAAACGAACGCUUCCGUACACGCCUUCGGUAAGUCCGGCGUCAGCUGAAGACUACUACUUGGUUCUCCAGCGCAUCUGCUCAGGCCAAAUGUCUUGUGAUAGAUUGCCAAUUGCUGGACGUGUGAAGGAGCAUCGCAUCAUUCGUGAGAUGUUGAAAGGCGGAGAGAUACAGACCGGGAGUCUAUUUAUCAUUGGCCCGCCAGGAACAGGCAAGAGUUCGUCCGUGACGGAGUUGCUACUGGAACAAGGCUUUAUUAUGGCUGGAAAUGAUGUCACUACAUUGAAGCGUAACCGAGUCGAGAAGAGUAUAAAGACAGCUGUAAAGCUUAACUGCAGCAUGUUUACGGAUCCCGUAGCUUUGUAUGCUAUUGUGGCACAGCAAGUAAAGAAAGCAACAAGUUGGAAAGUACCGGAGGAAUUUGACCCAUUUGAUAUGGACAAGUUUAUUGCUUUACAACAGUGUGCUGUGCCUUCUACCAUGGAGAUGAUUGCAGUUGUGCUAGACGAAGUGGAUCAGUUGUUACGACUUCCUGUUCGCAUACAGCCAGUGGUGAAAGAUGUCCUCCAUUUCUUUGUGCGAUGGGCCGCUACUGCAGCUCAUAAUGUCAAGUUCUUGGGUAUUAUGAAUGGCGUCGACAUGUAUCAACAAGUAUCGCGGAUUCAUGUAACUCGUGAAAGUGCUCUUGACACGCACAUUCCUCGAGUGGUCUUUGGGUCUUAUUUGCACCCGGAUCUACUACUAAUCAUGCAAAGUUACGUGCUAAACGCAUUAUCGUCAACGAAAGAUAUUGCAGAAGUGGCCAAGCUCAUCGAGCCGCGCGCAAUCGAGCUCAUUGCGAGAAAGGUCGCAGCCCGUAAUGGUGACGCUCGCUUGGCCAUCAGUUUGCUGCAGCAAUCAGCUCGCCAUACGCUUCAACGAAUCGGUAGCUUCGAGACAGUGUCAGCAUCUUCGACACAAGUAAAGGUCACGAUGCGUGACGUAUUCCAGUGUGUGACAUCAAUACUAUCAUCCCCUGUUAUUCAGCAAAUCGAGCAAUUGCCCCGACAAGCCAAAGUGCUCUUGUACGUGAUCACCACCCUUGCUCCUGGCUGCAAUGAAAACGGUAGCAACAACCGCUCCAAGGGAACGGUACGACACUGUGAUAUGAAUAUGGUCAGUGAGAAACUAGCGCAUUUGCGUGGUUUACCACAGACUGCUUGGGUUCCGCGCUUGUCGCGUGAGGAACUUCAAACGCAUCUGAUGUCACUGGACUGUUACGGUCUGGUGAGACAGGGGCGCAGUAAGCGCGGCGAGAAAACUUGGCGGCCUGCCACAAUAAUGUCAGCACACACUUUUUGGUCGAUCAAGCUCAACUCCUGUGUAACAAUGGGUGAAAUCUCGGGCGCUCUACAAGAUGACACAACGCUCUCCAAAUUGCUGUUGUAA